AUGUCGAGCGACGAGGAGGAGCUCGCUGAGCUGAGAGCAGCACGCGCUGCUCAACGUGGAGGUACAGCAGCGACGCUGUCGCAGUUGAAGCAGCUGCAGCAGCGGGUUGAGCAGACGCGCCAGGAGCGUGACGGCUUCUUUGAGGGACCACCGGCACCUGCGGUUGGGCCUCCGCGGCCGCCUCCUCGAUUAGAUGAGGACGACGAUGACGACGAAGGGCCGCUGCCGCAGCAGCAGCAGCAGCAGCAGCAGCAGCAGCAGCAGCAGCAACAGUAG